AUGACGAGUGACAAAAUUGAUGAUAUAAUAGACAAAUUCAGCGUCUUAACUGAGAAACCUGUGAAGUUUUUAACAGUUCAAGAUGAUAUACAGGGUGAUAUCAGGAACUUGGUGAAAUCCAUCUAUGAUCUUACUAAGUCACAAGAGAGCGGGAAUAAGAAGAAACAGGCGCUAUCUAGUAUGAUAGUGAGUGAUUUUGACGAGGAACAGAUUUGGCAACAGAUAGAAUUGCAGAACUCAGAGCGAUGGGACGAAUUGGUCUGGGAUGUAGCUAAUAGCGUGUCCAGUAAAAAUGACCUCACGUUCCCUAUAGACUUCCCAGAAGAGAAAGAUGACGAAGUCAUUGAAAAUGAGGAUGAUGUUAUGUCAGAAGAAGAACAUCAAGAAGAAGAAGUAGAAGAAUCUAAUGUUAAAGCGGCGAAAACGAAACCUAGUAAAAAACAAUCAAUUGUUGACGAUGAUUUCUUUAAAUUACAAGAUAUGGAAAACUUUUUAUUGAAAGAAGAAAAAAUGGAGGGAAAAAUCAAAAAGGGUGAAGAUGAUGAGGACUCGAUAGAUAUGUUUGAAGAUAUGGAUAGUGAGGGAUCUGACGAAGAAGGUGGCAAAGAUGUUAAAUAUUAUGACUUUUUCAAUGAAGAUAAUGAAAAUGGUCAGGAGGAAAAUGAUGAGAAGGAUGAUGAUGAUGAUGAUGAAGAAGAUAAUGAUAAUAAGAUAGAACUAAACAAACAAAAGAAAAGUGACAAGAAAGUAAGGUUUCUCGAGCCAGAUUCAGAAUCAGGUGAUUCAGAUGACAGUGAAGAACAAAAAUCCAAGCACAUAAAUGGCAGCGACAAGGAAAAUAAAUCAGAAUUUGAACUUCGGCAAGAGCGGUUGCAGAAACAUAUUACAAGACUGGAGGAGAAAUCUAUAAACGAAGCGCCGUGGCAAUUGAAAGGUGAAGUUGAUGCCACGAAAAGACCACAGAACUCAUUACUUGAAGAAGUUCUAGAUUUCGAUCUCACAACCCGACCACCUCCGGUCAUAACAGAAGAAACGACAAUCACAUUAGAAGGCCUCAUCAGACAACGCAUCAAAGACAAAGCCUGGGACGACGUCACCAGGAAAGAAAAGCCCGUGGAUGACCAAUUUCUGUUCAAAAAGCCCGAAGUUCUAGAUCAGUCUAAGAGUAAAAUGAGUCUCGCACAAGUCUAUGAAGCAGAGUAUCUUAAACAAAAGCAAGCAUUAUCCGGUGAAGUUGAUGAUGAGAAGGAACCGGAAACUCAUACCGAGAUUCGGGAAGCUAUGAAAAACUUAUUUUCCAAGCUCGAUGCUUUAUGUCAUUAUCAUUACACACCGAAACCACCCCAAGCUGAAGUUAAAAUUGUUAGUAAUACUCCAGCAAUAUCAAUGGAAGAAGUUGCACCAGUUGCAGUGAGUGAUGCUGCUCUAUUAGCACCCGAGGAAGUUAAAAGGAAAACAAAAGGAGAUCUUAUGAGCAAGGAGGAACGAACACAGACAGAUAAAAACAGAGAGAGGAGGAAAAAGAAGAAACUACAAAGGAAAAAGGGCUCGGUAAUGAAAGUAACGGAUAACAGAAACACAAAGGCAGCCGUUGAAAGCAACGACAAGUCUCUUAAAACAUCCAAAGCAUUCUUCCAACAACUAAAUGAUAAUUCAACUAGUCUUAUUAAAACUAAAACUAAAAAGCUUAUUAAAAAUAAGGGACAAUAA